CACUAACAGCCAGAUUACUUACCGUUACGGUAACAGGUUUGGCGUUGGUAGGCACACACAGGUAUAUCUGGCGCUACCCUGUUCUGGAUACUCUCUCUAUACAUUUACAAAUAGAAACAGUAUCGACUAGUCACUCUCCAAGUGUAGCAUGUUUCGCAAUCAAUACGAUACGGAUGUGACGGUGUGGAGUCCGGAAGGACGACUCUUGCAGGUCGAGUACGCCAUGGAAUCGGUCAAGCAAGGAUCCGCCUGCGUAGGACUACGCUCGGACUCCAUUUGCGUUUUGGGUGCGCUCAAACGUUCCGUAUCCGAGCUCAGUAGUCACCAGAAGAAGCUCUUGCACAUUGACGACCACAUUGCCGUUGGCAUUGCCGGACUCACCGCGGACGCGCGUUCACUCGCCAAGUCUCUCCAGAGCGAGUGUCUCAACCACAAGUACGUCUACGGGACGCCCAUCCCGCCGCAUCAGCUCAUGGCCGACCUCGCCGACAAGCACCAGCGGACCACGCAAACCUACGUCCGUAGACCCUUUGGAGUUGGACUCCUCGUCGCCAGUGUCGAUACCACCCGCCAAACACCGCACUUGUACCAAACCUGUCCCAGCGGGAACUUGUACGAAUUCGUCGCAUCCGCCAUUGGCGCACGAUCCCAAUCCGCACGCACCUAUCUCGAAAAACACGUGGACGACUUGGCCAACGCCACCCGCGAUCAACUCAUCGUACACGCACUGCAAGCCCUCACCGGAUGUGUCUCGGGAGACGAUGAACUCACACCCGACAACGGGUCCAUCGUUGUUGUUGGAAAUGACAUCCCCUACACCAUGAUUGAAGGAACCGACUUGCAACCCUUUUUGGACCAAGGAAGCCGACCCAGACACAGGCGAAGAGGCUCUCGACUGUAGCAUUGUUGGUGUAGCCGUCUUUCCAAGCUAUCAGCAAGCCAAUCGUCGAGCCGAUGGUGUCUAUGUCAACUACAGUACUCUAUCUGGGGGAGGCCUUCCGAGCAACGAUGUUGGUCUGACUUUGGUUCAUGAAGUAGGCCACUGGCUGGGACUGUAUCAUACCUUCCAGAACACUGGUGAAGAUGAGGGUGCCGACCCAUGCUCACCUGAGAACGGGAACGACUACGUUGCUGAUACGCCUGUACAGUCCGCCUCGUCCCAGGACUUGUACGAAUGCUCGUUAACGUUUUACGCGGGCGAAGAGCUCCCAGACUCUUGUCCCGACUUGGCUGGAAGCGACCCUGUGUUCAACUACAUGAACUACGUCUCGGACGAAGAAUGCUGGCCUCCUGGUGUAGGUGAAUUUACGUGCGGACAGUAUGAGCGCAUGUACAUGCAGUGGCUACUGUACCGCCAGUCCAACGAACCCUGCCAAGACAAUGAAAGCGAAAUAAACAUUUUGAUGGAGAUCAGUGAACUCUUUUCGGAAGAAAAUGCUUUUUACCUUACAUACGUCGACACCGGUGAAGUGGUGCUUAAUUCGACGCGUGAUUUUGAAGUCCUUGGGCCUCCUUAUCAAACUGAAGUGAAGUCUGACUUUUGUGCUCCCGUUGGACAAUACUCGUUGAUGCUCGUGGACAGUGCUCAAAACGGAUUCCUGGACGGUGGAUUUGUCGAAGUGACUGUCAGUG